UGAGCCCCUGUGCGCGUUCAUUCGGCGUACUUCUCCCCUUGGUUCGUGCGCCGCUGGCAAUCAUGAAGCUUUCGGGGAUAACCCAGGAGAAUGUGAACCUUACUCUUGCUGCAGGAUGGAAAGAACUGCGAUUUUUAUAUCUAUCUACUUAUAUAAGAGAAAUCAACAUAUAUUCUCUCCUUUCCGCCCCCAGCAGAGCCGAGUAGCGGCAGCAGUGGGGCGGGAGCCCUGGGAGUCCCGCAGGGACGAGCUUUUCCCCGGCCUCCAAGGCCCUUGGUCGCCCGCUGCGCCGGGCGGCGUGGGCAGUGCGCAUCUCCGGGCACCUCUUGUAACUCUCGCUAGCAGUGAGUCAUGCUCCCGGGAUGGCUCUGGGGAGAGGUAACCCGGCUCGUGCUGGCUUGUGCUUCCCCGCGCCGGGCGCCGCGGCCACAGGGCGAGCGAGCGCGCGCGCGCACGGGUUCCCCGCGCAGUGAUGUGGCAGCAGCGGCAGGUCGGAUCACGUUGCUGGCCCUGUGCUGGUACCCGUUGGAGACAGGAUUAAGGAGGGAGGCUUUGGAGGUGCCAGCGGUAGUAAACGUGGGCUCUGCACACUCCCGGCUUCGCUUAUCGCACGGCGGGAGGGGGUACGUGGUGGGGGUGGGAGACCACGCAGCACCACCGGAGGCGAUGAGGGGCUACGGAGUUUAGCCGGCGAGUGAUAAUGCUGCAUUGCUUUUCCGCGGUAGCCCCUCUUGUGCCCCCCCACCUCCUCCCUCCCUCCAGCCGCGUUCCUCUGGGAGCACCAGAGGCCCCAAACGUCGUCAUCUGCUUCUGUGAUUAGUGGCACCGCAAUUCCGGCUGCUGCGGGAAGUUUGGGUGGCCCAGGGACACCGUGUCACCGAAAGACACUUGGAUUGCGACGUUCUGACUCAGUGACUACAUUUUCAUUUAUUUUAAAUCUUUCAGGGAACGGAUUUCAAGUUGCCCCAUUAGGGGGCAACCUCCAACCAGGGCCAAGGGGUCCCCCCAGGCCACUGAGCGGUGAGCAAACAAGUCUCCAAAUUUUCUUUUGGGACUGAAGUUUACCCACCGUGAAUUCUUUCUUUCCUUUCUCUGGUCCAAACCACCAGUGCAGUCGGUGGCGAAGCAAAAAGCCACGUUCACGUUCCUGCACCGUAAUGACGGACGAACUGAGAGAGUAGCAUUUCCGAGCCGAGGAAGCCCUGGCUGCCCCGCACCCCCCGGCGCCUCCACCCCCUCCCCCAGCUGACUGCAACGCCUUUGGGAAGAUGAAUAGCUUGGCCGAAGUUGUUUUUCCUUUCCGGUGGCCCUGAUCAGGUGUCCCCGCCCCCUCCUGCCUCUCGCCUUCCCUCGUAGCCUGCUCCCGACACCCCCUCCUGGCCCGGCCCCUCCUCCCCCGCCCCCCUCCGGGCUGGACCGCGGAUGGUACGUUCCGCACGUGAGCUGGGUGCUGGUCUGGCCGGCGACGCGCGUGCCCUGUGGCCAAACACUGCCCGGAGUGAGAGCAAACUACCAGCGCAGUGGGGCCGGCGCGAGUGUGCGUGCGUGUGUGUGCGUGUGUGCGAGAGAGCGAGCGCGGUGGGAGGGGGGGGAACCAACUGCUUCACACUUUCAACACUGCACUGAAGAAGGGAGAGAGAGAGACUGGAGACGCACAGAUACCCCAAGAUCUCCCAAAGCUAUCGUCCCACAGAUUAUAGAACAGAACCCCAAAAAUCGAAACAGAGGAAACGGACAGCGGUUGAACAUGGACGAAGGAAUUCCUCAUUUGCAAGAGAGACAGUUACUGGAACAUAGAGAUUUUAUAGGACUGGACUAUUCCUCUUUGUAUAUGUGUAAGCCCAAAAGAAGCAUGAAGAGAGACGAUAGCAAGGAUACCUACAAAUUACCGCACAGAUUAAUAGAAAAGAAAAGAAGAGAUCGAAUUAAUGAAUGCAUUGCUCAGCUGAAAGAUUUACUGCCUGAACAUCUGAAGUUGACAACUCUGGGGCAUCUGGAGAAAGCGGUAGUCUUGGAAUUAACUUUAAAACACUUAAAAGCUUUAACAGCCUUAACCGAACAGCAGCAUCAGAAGAUAAUUGCUUUACAGAAUGGGGAGCGAUCUCUGAAAUCGCCCAUUCAGUCCGACUUGGAUGCGUUCCACUCGGGAUUUCAAACAUGCGCCAAAGAAGUCUUGCAAUACCUCUCCCGGUUUGAGAGCUGGACGCCUAGGGAGCAGCGGUGUGUCCAGCUGAUCAACCACUUGCACGCCGUGGCCACCCAGUUCUUGCCCACCCCCCAGCUGUUGACUCAACAGGUUCCUCUGAGCAAAGGCACCGGCGCGCCCUCGGUCGCCGCCCCCGCAGGGUCCCCGGCCGCCCCCUGCCUGGAGCGCGGGGGGCAGAAGCUUGAGCCCCUCGCCCACUGCGUGCCGGUCAUCCAGCGGACUCAGCCCAGCGCCGAGCUCGCCGCCGAGAACGACACGGACACAGACAGCGGCUACGGCGGCGAGGCCGAGGCGAGGCCGGACCGCGAGAAGGGCAAGGGCUCCGGGGCGGGCCGCGUCACCAUCAAGCAGGAGCCCCCCGGAGAGGACUCGCCGGCGCCCAAGAGGAUGAAGCUGGAUUCUCGCGGCGGCGGCGGCGGCGGCGGCGGCCUGGGGGGCGGCGCGGCGGCAGCGGCGGCCGCGCUCCUGGGGCCCGACCCGGCCGCCGCAGCAGCACUGCUGAGACCCGACGCCGCCCUGCUCAGCUCGCUGGUGGCGUUCGGCGGAGGCGGGGGCGCGCCCUUCGCGCAGCCCGCCGCCGCCGCCGCCGCGGCCCCCUUCUGCCUGCCCUUCUACUUCCUCUCGCCUUCUGCGGCCGCCGCCUACGUGCAGCCCUUCCUGGACAAGAGUGGCCUGGAGAAGUACCUGUACCCGGCGGCGGCCGCCGCCCCGUUCCCACUGCUGUACCCCGGCAUCCCCGCGCCCGCGGCCGCCGCCGCCGCCGCCGCAGCCGCCGCCGCCGCCGCCGCCUUCCCCUGCCUGUCCUCGGUGUUGUCGCCCCCUCCCGAGAAGGCCAGCGCCGCCGCCGCGACCCUCUUACCGCACGAGGUGGCGCCCCCUGGGGCGCUGCACCCCCCGCACCCUCACGGCCGCACCCACCUGUCCUUCAACGGCGCCCGCGAGCCCGGGAACCCGGAGAGCUCCGCUCAGGAAGAUCCCUCGCAGCCAGGAAAGGAAACCCACUGAAUCCUCGCCCCCUUUCUUAGACAGGACGAGGGUUCUCGCGGAAUAAUAAUAUUAAUAAGUAAAACACCCUUACCGUUUUUAAGGGAGGAAGUGUAAUAGAUGCACGACAGGCUUUUAAAACAACAACACAGGUGUUUUGUGUACAUUUGGAGUUCCUGUUUUGCUCAUCCCUCACCACCCCACCCUCCGCACACUAACGGCCCUUUCUUCCCUCACCAGCUAUAGAAGAACCUCUGCAAUAUUGAUACUUUCUUUAAAGAAUUCGCCCAAAUCAGUUUUGCCUUUCUUUAGGCCGUGUUCCAUUAUCUUUUUAAAAUGCAGAACCCAUUUCCGGACGGAGAAGGGUCUGCUCCGUGGGGGAGCUGACUGAACCAGGGUAGGGGAACUGUGGCCCAGGAGUUGACCUCCAAAAGCCCGCGGGUAGUUCCUAUCUGCCCGCCUAGCUCUCCCACCUGCUUCAGGAGAUUUUCCACAGGCAGAAUGAGGAUCUUUUAGAAUUGAAUUUACUCUUCAGUAUUUUAUAAUGUUCAGCUUUUUAAAAGGCAUAUAUUUUUCAAAGAGGAAGAAGUGAGGAUCCAGUCACUUACGUUGCAACCUCUUCUGAAGUGGUUUGAAUGGUAUCCCUUAGUAACUUGCUCUUGUUUAAAGAGACUCAGAGUUGGGCCAUUGUCAGAACUGAGUCAGGGAAGGAGAUGGAUGAGGAAGGCCAGAAUCAUUCUUGGUACAUUUACUAGCACUUUAUGGAGAAAUUAACCGUGAAUUAAUUGACUUGUCUUAAUUUCAUUGUUUCAUAUAUAUACAUAUGCAUAUAUGUAUAUAUAUAGUGCAUCUAUUCCCACCUUGUCAUUAUUUAAUUCACCAUGUUUUAAGUUUUUAUAAUCUUGCUGUAAAAAAAAAAAGGAAUGUGCACUGAACUUAAAAACAAAUCCAAAAUGAUUUCUCCUAUUUUCUGUUAAAUAACAAAAGUGGAGGAAAGCAUUAAACUGGUCAUUUUUUAUUGGAAAUGCUGUAAAGAUGUGGAAUGAAGCCUUGGGAGGCCUUCCUAUCUCCAAGUCUAUGUAUUUUCUGGAGACCAAACCAGAUACCAGAUAAUCACAAAGAAAGCUUUUUUAAUAAGGCUUAAACCAAGACCUUGUCUAGAUAUUUUUAGUUUGUUGCCAAGGUAGCACUGUGAGAAAUCUCACUUGAAUGUUAUGUAAGGGGUGAGACACAACAGUCUGACUAUAAGUGAAGAAAAUAUCUGGGUCUUUUAGUCAGUUUGGUGCAUUUGCUGCUGCUGUUGCUACUGUUUGCCUCAAACGCUGUGUUUAAACAACGUUAAACUCUUAGCCUACAAGGUGGCUCUUAUGUACAUAGUUGUUAAUACAUCCAAUUAAUGAUGUCUGACAUGCUAUUUUUGUAGGGAGAAACUAUGUGCUAAUGAUAUUUUGAGUUAAAAUAUCUUUUGGGGAGGAUUUGCUGAAAAGUUGCACUUUUGUUACAAUGCUUAUGCUUGGUACAAGCUUAUGCUGUCUUAAAUUAUUAAAAAAAAAAUAAAUACCGUCUGCAAGAAACCAGCUGGUUUAGAAAAUUUUAGUAUGUGAAGAUAAACUAGAAAUUAUCUUUAUAUUCUAGUAUUUUCAGCACUCCGUAAAUUCUAUUACCUAAAUAUUGCCACACUAUUUUGUGAUUUUAAAAUUCUUACUAAGGAAUAAAAACUUUAAUAUACGAUA